AACUAAUUAUCAGAAAAAUCUAGAUGAAAAUAAGACACUAAUAAAAAGACAUGGAGAACAUUUUCCUAAAUUAACGCUGUUUUAAAGAGAUUUCAAUAUUAUAAACAGCUUAAAGAUGAUCAAUGCAGUUGAUUGAUUAUAUUUAAAGUGCUGCAGAAAAAAAUGCAUUUCAAAUGUUGAGCAUUUGCAAAAGUAUUUAUAACAAACUGCUAAUCUACAGAUUAAGCUUUAUUUUAUUUGGAAAACAAAUGACCCCCCGACGUUGCCGUGUGUUUGCCCACAUUUGUAGUAAUGACUUGGCUCCUUGCAUCACUGCGCGGUGGUGACGUGUGGCGUCUGGGAGCUGUCCCAGGAAUCAUGGUGCUGAAGCUGCAGCACCGACCGAGCAGCCAAUGAUCACAGGGGAUUGUGGGGCUGUACGGAUGCUUUUCACCCCGAGCAGGACAGUCCGACGAUCGUUUCUGGAUUCUAACGGAUGGAUCUAAACCCUGCCUGCAUGCCAGCUCCUCGGAUAUGGCGGUUCUGUAUUUGGGAAUCACAGCCCCGCCGGGACUUUUCAUCAAACAGAGCUCGGGCUGAAAAUCCAUAAAUAAUAAUAAUCAUCAGAGAAAUUGGUGUCGCUCGCCAGGUAUUAGGAUUCUGCUCCCAAAUACGGCACUCCUUCGAUUGACUUCAAAGACGUCGUCAGUAAUCUGAGGUUCUGAUUUAUACAGCGUGGCUUUGAUUCUUGAUGUGAUUCUUAAAUUAUGCGGGUAAGCGUUUGGUUGUGAGCCUCUCUGAGUUUAUGGUACGACAGGCAAAAAGGAUUCUUUGCUCCUUCAUCCAGGUAUGCUGUAGCAGGAAGACUAAGGCCAUGAAUUGGCAGCAGACACGAAGUGAACAACCCAACAGCCUUAAUACUUGAAUGCAUAUUUUUAUCAGCCUAAUAACUGACUCUCCAAAAUCCAAAUUGUUUGUAACUUAAUGGCUUCUGACACUUGUUUGCAUCAAUUAUUUCCUCAUGUUUGCAUCCCUGCGUAAAAUCUAAGAAUUUGAAGAAAAGCACGAGUGUGCGUAAAAGCUGAAAAGGCUACUGGAGAGCGCGUCCCUGUUUCAUGCUACGACAUCCAGAUUGCUUAUGAGGGGGACACAAAGACUCCACUUCCUCCGGCACCUUUGCGUGGUGCUCUGAUCUGCUCGGAGACAGCUCGAUGCUGCGCAGCCGGGGCAUGCUGAAGAGCCGCUGCUGCGUCCUGCUUGGUGACCUGAGGGUGCUCCUUCUCGGGCCACCGGCACCGCCGACUCCGCUCCCUCCGCUGACCCCCAUGAGCGGCCAGGCUUCGGAAAGCCACGAGGCAAGCAUCCCCGAUAACAACAAUACGCUAACGAGGAGCCACCAGCACGCAGGGGACCGGACUGCGUCCUCUACGGCCGGCGCCACUGGGACAUCCAGACCGGUGGAGGGCUGGGUGGACGCUGCAGAGCUGUCGGCGGCCCUGCGCGGCUGCAGCAGCUCCUCUGAUGACUGCUCAAAGGGGAAGCUGGAGGAGAGGUUCUCCCUCACCAGCUACACUGAAAGUGGCUUCAGGACGCCAGUGUGCAGGAUCUGCUUCCAGGGACCAGAACAUGGGGAGCUCCUGAGCCCGUGUCGCUGCAGUGGUUCAGUGCGCUGCACCCAUCAGCCCUGCCUCAUCAAAUGGAUCAGUGAAAGAGGGUCUUGGGCCUGUGAGCUCUGCUACUACAAAUAUCAGGUCAUUGCCAUCAGUACAAAGAACCCACUACAGUGGCAGACCAUCUCCCUGACAGUAAUAGAGAAAGUGCAGAUAGCAGCAGCCAUCCUCGGCUCCCUCUUCCUGAUGGCCAGUAUUUCCUGGCUGGUUUGGUCGUCUUUCAGCCCGUCGGCCCGUUGGCAGCGUCAAGAUCUGCUUUUCCAGAUCUGCUACGGCAUGUACGGCUUUAUGGACGUCGUUUGCAUCGCGCUAAUUGUCCACGAGGGACCCUCUGUGUUUCGCAUCUUCCACCGCUGGCAGGCUGUGAACCAGCAGUGGAAAGUCCUGAACUAUGACAAGUCGCUGGACAGUGAUGACCUGAAGGACGUCACGGUGGACAGAACUGUGCCUCAACCAGGCCAGGCUUACCAAACAGGGAUGGGAGUGUCCACCUCCACCUCCUCCCUCAUGGUGGUGGCCUCCACCGCCGCCGGCUCCACAUCCACGACUGUGGUGACGAGCGCCGGAGGGUUCGGAGCCCACGUGGACCCCGAAAAUGGCAGCGCAGUGCCAGACCAACACUGUCCUUACAGCAUCCUCCACUUACUCAGCCACCUGAGGCAGCCGGAGACCCGCAGCCAACCUAGCAAUAGCACAAGAGAGCUGGUCAUGAGAGUCACCACCGUCUGAUGAGUCAGUUGAGGCCUUAUCUCACUUGGAGGUAAAAGAUUUCUACGGCUGACAGUUUCAAGGAAACACUGUCUUAACUGCUUUGGAUUAAUACAAUGUUCUUGUUUAUUUUGAAAUACAUCUCUGAUGUCUCUCCAUUAACUGAAUAAAAGGUGAAGUGGUUUGAUUUACAGGUUGGAGUGGAAAAUACUUUUUGGAAUGACUUUUUUUUUUAAUAAAAGAAUCCAACAAAAGCUUUAAAGGUCAGUAAACACAACUGGGAACUCUGACAAAUAAAGUUUUUUGUGAUUUA